AUGCCUACGUUUGGUUUUAGGAAGAGAGCAUUUCAUGUAUGUGUGGCCAAACUUUUAUAAGUCAUAAGUGCUUAUAAAUAUCACCACAGCAACUAGCUUCACUUAGAUCAAUUUGAUCAAAUUGUCUAAAACAUUAUAUCACAUUUUGUUCUGCGAGAUUUUCAAAAAAUCACCAAAUAUGGUGUCAGCCAAAGCUGGCGACGCUGGUUUGGCCAACAUGCCGAUGAACCUACCUAUACGAGUCCUCAUGAGCCGGUGGUUCAUGGUGUUUGCGACCAUGUUGAUCCUAUCGGCAGCUGGUGCCACCUACAUGUUCGGUCUAUAUUCCGGUGACAUAAAAACUUCACUUGGUUAUGACCAAACCACCCUCAAUCUACUAAGUUUCUUCAAAGAUUUAGGAUCCAAUGUUGGCAUUCUAUCUGGCCUAAUUAAUGAAAUUUCACCACCAUGGGUUGUCCUUUCAAUUGGGUCUGUCCUAAAUUUUUUUGGCUAUUUCAUGAUAUGGAUGGCUGUGACCAAAAAAGUGUCCACACCUAAAGUUUGGUUAAUGUGCUUGUACAUUUGCAUUGGUGCAAACUCACAAUCAUUUGCCAAUACUGGAGCACUUGUGACAUGUGUCAAGAAUUUUCCAGAGUCACGUGGUGCCGUUCUUGGACUACUCAAAGGUUUUGUGGGUCUAAGUGGUGCUAUUUUGACACAAAUUUAUCAUGCAAUUUAUGGUAAUGAUUCUAAGUCUCUGAUCUUGCUUAUUGGUUGGCUUCCUGCUGUUAUUUCCUUUGUUUUCCUACGUACCGUUAGGAUCAUCCAAGUUGUUAGAAUAGCACAUGAACUCAAAGUGUUCUACAAGUUUUUGUAUAUGUCACUUGGUCUAGCUGGGUACCUCAUGGUGAUGAUCAUACUUCAAAAGAAAUUUGAUUUUACAAGGGUUGAGUAUGUUUUGAGUGCAGCCCUUGUACUUGUCUUGCUUUCCUUACCACUUGGUUUGGUGAUAAAGGAAGAAAUUGAUUCAUGGAAAGUCAAGAAACACGCCUUGGAUAGUAUUUCUGAGGUGAAAGUGGUAACUGAGAAGCCGAAAACUAGUACUGAGGCUCCUCAGCUACCACCAUCAUCGUCAACUGCCACCAGUACUGCUACUUUCGAGAAGUCAAAAAGUGAUCAGAAUAAUCAGCUAUCACAAUCGCCAGCUGUUACAACCGAUGACUCAAAAGAUCCAGAAGUUUCCUGCUGGAAGACGAUUUUCCGGCCACCAGACCGGGGUGAAGACUUCACUAUACUCCAAGCCCUUUUCAGCCUUGACAUGUUAAUCCUAUUUUUUGCUACAAUUUGUGGAGUUGGAGGGACUUUAACAGCUAUAGACAACUUGGGACAAAUUGGAACCUCACUUGGCUACCCUAAAAAGAGCAUUAGCACAUUUGUGUCCCUAGUGAGCAUAUGGAAUUAUUUAGGAAGGGUAGUGUCUGGUUUCCUUUCUGAACAUAUCUUGCAAAAAUACAAAUUUCCAAGACCCUUAGCCCUAACCAUAACACUAAUAGUCUCUUGCAUAGGCCACCUUCUCAUAGCCUUUAAUGUCCCUGGUGGACUAUAUGUUGCAUCUAUAAUUAUUGGUUUUUGCUUUGGGGCACAAUGGCCACUACUUUUUGCAAUAAUUUCUGAGCUAUUUGGACUAAAGUACUACUCAACAUUGUACAAUUUUGGGGCAGUGGCAAGUCCAAUUGGUUCAUAUUUGCUAAAUGUGAGAGUUGCUGGUCAUUUAUAUGAUAAAGAAGCAGAAAAACAAUUGAAGGCAUUGGGAAGGAGAAGGAUGAAAGGGGAAGAUUUGAAUUGUGAUGGAGUUGUGUGUUUUAAAUUAGCUUUUAUUAUUAUAACAUUAGCUACUAUUUUUGGGGCUUUGGUUUCAAUUAUUUUGGUGAUUAGGACUAGAAAGUUUUAUAAGAGUGAUAUUUAUAAGAAAUUUAGAGAACAAGCUAAGGCUGCUGAAAUGGAAAUGGCAUUGGCGCAAAAUGGUACCAAGUGAUAGAUUAGUGUGAAUUGUAAGAAGACGAAAUGAAAUGAAAAAAAAAAGUCAAAGAGAAAAGAAAUUUAGAUAGUUUUUGGCAUGUUUGUAGCAUACGAGUACAUGGAAUGAAAUAUAUUUUUAUUUUCUCCAUA